AUGCAGACAAGAGUAGUUUUGAGAUUAAGGCUUGAUUUUGGCUGUUGUUUAUGUAUGGAGUGCAGCAACUCUGGGCAAUCGAAGGCUGCAUUUGUCACAUUUAGAGAUCCAAAAGCGCUUGAAAUCGCAUUGGUGCUGCCUAGCUUUGGACCAAAUGAAAGUGGUAGCAUCGGUAGUUUGGUUCAGCCAUGUCUCUUCCCAAAGUUGUACAUGAAUCACUUUAGGUUGGUUGUAUCAAAGCACUAG